CGCUUGCGACUAAUGCUGAUGGAAGCUGUACUCUGGUAACCGCAGAUGAUAUCCAUUUCAUAACGGGGACACGCGAGCAGAAAUGCAACAAUGGGUGGGGAAUGCGACCUUCCAUGGUGCAUCUUCUUCUGAGCAUGGCCAUCCUUAUCUUGCCUACUUCCCAGAAACGUCUCUCAGUGGGGAGUUGUCCUUAUGUUGAUGGAGAUGCGAGCAGCUUUGGGUCAAGACGGGAUGGCGGACCAGUCAGCGAAUACACAGGACCAAAAUGGUUGUCAUCAACAGCAAGUCGUGGUCAAGGAUGCUGUCAAUGUAGCAGCGUCUGUGUCUGUGGCUGAUAGUCACUUCAAGACCGACAGUACAGCAAUUGAGAAUCCUGAUGCUGGCCAUCAUGCGGAAAAAGACUUGCCCCCCCCUUCCACGAAGCCCCCAGCCGGUACAGAUCGAGGUGGAAGUCGGGGAUGUGAUAUGUAUGUUGUGGACAGCGGUAACCGCCAUGGUGAUCCACAUGUAGCAGCCCGCGAAGAGCUCGUUGUUUCCAGCAAGACGGGAUCUUCUUCUGAACAGUCAGCAGGGUAUAUGGUGGUGUCAGGAGGAUUGUCAUCACACGAAGACUCCGCCGUUUCACCACCACCAUUGCAACAAGAAAUGCAAGAAGAGGUUCUCGUCCAUGCACAGGGGGGACCAGCGGUAGUGGAGGUGGACAGAAUGCGGUCUUCCAAGACAACCUCGGUUGGUGUGGAUGGCACCUGUGUGGGUUGUGUGUGUGGAGAUGGCCUCGGGGACGACAUUCGGCCAGUGGGGAUGUGGCAGCCUGCCACGUGUCCAAGGUCAUUGUCAUCUAGCGAUGUGAUUGCAGGCCCAUUUUACAAGUUCGUGAGUAGCGGCUGUGAGGAGCCAAGCUGUGUUUCAUCUCAGUCCCAUUACUUUGAAGGUGCUUCUGAAGAGCUGUCAAUUCCCACUUUGUCCACGAAAGGUAGCGAGGCCGAUGAAGCAUCGGGUCAAAUGGCUGGCAGCAAUGUUGUGUCUGACCAAGAGGCUGCUGGUGAUGCCUCGUCAGUACUCUCAUCUGCAUCUGACACCCUGGCCACAGUGACAGGCGGUCCAUUGGAUGACGCUCUGAAGGACGAGCAGCACCUGUCUGUCAUUGAUGAAGGAGAGAAGGUGGGAAUUGGAAAAGGUGGGGACAAUCUCACCGAUGGUACAAUACUGUUGACCCCACCAGCUGGCCAAGAACAAGAUAGUCAAGGUCAAGUGGGGCAUGGAGAACGAGGGAGUUUGGAUGUGUCUAGUCCUCUUGAAGCCGGGUCGGAGUCCAACACAACCAGCACACCGCAGGGGGUCAAAUCAAAUAUGGAUGAGACACAGCCUGGGAACACACAGCCGUUAAAUGUGACUGCCGAUUCGAACAUAGUGCCUGAGGUCGUCAAUGCAUCCCUAUCGGCAGGGACAUCGUCUUCACUCGGCAAUGGUACAGCUGUGCCAGCAGGAGAGCAGCAAGUUGACUUCCACUUGGCUGAUUCACCUGCGGCAGCUUCGCACAUGCAGGUGCCAUCGCCGGAGACCCAUCAUGAGAUAGUGAGCGAGACAUCGUCACUGGAAACCGACAUUUUGCAAGAGCCAUUGCCAAUGCCACCCCCUAGUGACAGGUCAGACUCUGGCAUCGCAGAACCUGCAAUUGCAGAGCCUCCAGUUCAGCAUGAGGAUAGACCCACCAGGUUGCCCCUGGGGUUGGAAGAGUAUAAGAAACGUGUGUUGUCCUCCCCAGAUGCAGCAUUGGCGUCUGCCAACAUUGCACCCCACAGUGAUCACCCUCCAUCACCUCGCCGCAAGUCAGCUGAUGGCACCCUCUACAACUACGCAGCUCAAUCUCAUGGAGCCAAGGUAAUCAGUGCAAACAGCCAGGCAACCAGCGCAAGUGCAGUGCUUGAUGAAGACCGUGACAAGUAUCUGCGUAACCCGUGCAAUGCGAAGGAGAAAUGGAUUGUUAUUGAGCUGUCUGAGAAUGUUCGGGUUGACACCAUCGUGCUCGCUAGCUAUGAGUUUUACAGCAGCAGAGUGAAAGAGUUUCGUGUGUUGGGAAGUUUGCGGUACCCAACGGACAACUGGGUGACGGUGGGAGUCUUUGAGGCGCAAAAUGUGCGGCAGCUUCAAACGUUUCCUGUGGAAGGGCUUGCUUGGGCCCGCUAUCUGAAAGUAGAAUUGCUUAGUCAUCAUGGCACAGAGUUCUACUGUACUCUCAGUGUUGUACGUGUUCAUGGUGUCAGCGAGUUGGAAAGCCUUCAAGAAGAACUCAUUGAGAUUGACAAAGAGGUGGAGGUGGUGCAGAGCGUUUUGCGGUCCAAGGGUGCAGACGGUGGGAUCACAGAUGGUGAGCACCUCGACGUGUCAGAUCGUGCUGUGCUCUCCGACCCCUCAGCAAAGACCAGAAAGACGGAGGAACAGGGGUUGGGACCUGCUGACCCACAAGGAUCAAGUAAGGGGAGUGCACAUGGGGCUGUGCAUGUGAGGGGGAACAAUGGAGGCAAUCCCGUUCGUGCACCGACGGACACAAUUGUUUGUACGAGUGACAGGAAGGUCGUCCAUGAUGAGCAGGUAUCUCCUGGCACAGAAAACAGUGGCAGAUCAGAACUUGGACCUGGUACUGAUGGACACGUGGACGGGUCUCAUGAAUCACACUCGCUGGGUGGUGGAAACGACAAUUCCAAUGGUCGCUCAGCUGGAGAGUUUGUGUUCAAGCCCCUCAUGCAGAAGCUUAAACAGCUGGAGCUAAACCAAUCGCUCUUCAAGAGCUACUUGGAGGACAUGUCUCACAGAUAUCUCCUCGCAUUCGGCGAAAUUGACCACCUCAUCGGGAUGCUCACUGAGCGCCUUCGUAACGUUUCAGCUGUUGCAACAUUGUGCUCCUCAAGGCUUGCCGAACUGGAGUCAACUAGUGAAGCUGAAUUAGGAAAGCUGAAACUGGAUCUUGCUCUUCAGUCAGAGGCUGUUGCAGCAGAACUUCGGCAUAUAAGGUCCAAUAUGGCCCAUGUUGAGCGCCGUGAGACAGCAUCUGUGAUAAUAGGAAUAAUCGCAUUGAUAUUCGGGGGUGGGCUACAUUGUAUCGGUGCCUGCAUUCAGAGAAGGAAGUCGUCAAGGCAUCACCGACGCCAUCACAGCCAAGAUACUCUUCAUCAUAAACGCGAUAUCCAUUUGUAUACAUUGAGUGCUUGCUGCUCUUUCUUGUCAUUGAUAAUCCUGUUUGCAUCGACAGGGAUGAUGGUCAUUCUUCUGUCACUUUGAUCGUAUUAAACGAUCCCCGUCACAUCAUUUUGCGAUAUGAAAUCGAUCCCCAUCGCACGCGGCCGCAGUCGGGGAUUUGUUUGAGGAAGAGGCUGUUUUGCCCCAUGUCGGUUCAAGGUGGAAGAGGGCUUGCAACAACCUUUUGAUUUGUAGAGAGCUCAGUUGGUUAGAGCAAAGGACUGAAAAUCCUUGUGUCAGUGGUUUGAAUCCGCUUUUUUCUAAACAGGCAACAUCAAUCUCUUAAGAAACUCAACUUGGUCAACUUGCCGAGUAAGUAGGCUAAGGACGGAUUCGAACCAUCAUUCGUGGAUUUGCAGUCCCGUUCAGGAAACUCCUCAUUUGCGGGACAUGCUUGAAUCAUCCUGCAUGCAACAGCAAACAGUUGUGUUGGCUGCUGGCUGUUGUCUGUUUGUUUCUCUUCGUCAACUGGUUUGGCGGAGCUGAGGCCGUUAGCCUAACAGUUUACAGUCGUGAGCUUCUUGUUAAUGCCUAUUGGUUGGCUGUGGCAGAUCAAAGAUGCCUAAGCAUUGGCUUUCACUUGUACAUUCCAUCUAUGUUUGUCCCAUCGGCGGAUGCGAGCUGCCUCGCUGUAAGUGCAUCCCUCUGUCCAAACAAGGAACCCUGGGAGUUCUUCACCACCCUUACUGUUUCAUCAUCUCGACUCUUGAGAGAUUGUGUAUGGGUGUGGAAGGAGUAGUGAAAGAAACAAGGUGGGGGGUUUGUGAUUUUGCAAGAAUUCUUCAUCCUGCACUACGUGGAGAGGACAGGCAGGCCGGUUGUCAAGUAUGGGCUUGAACUCCCAGCACCUUUCUGCUUAAUAUAGUUUAUGGAAGUUUUUGAAACUUUAUGCAAUUGUUCCCCUUCAUUUCCUGCAGAGCUUAACAAAAGGUCAGCAAACAU